AAAAAAAACUCAUAACCUUCUCCUCGCCUCUGCUUUUUCAACUCGAGCGAAUCUGCAUCGCUCUCCGUGCUUGAAUCUACCGCGACGAAAGGGACUUCUCAAUUUGCAAAUAUGGUGCCGCCGGCAGGAGAUUCGGCGGCGGGGGCGGAGACAGCGGCAGGUGGCGGCGGAGGUCCGGCGCAGCGGAGACAGCAACAAGGCGGUGGAUUUGGGCAGACUAUCACCGGUAUCAUUAGGAUCGCCGUAUUUUGGUAUUUUGCUUCCAAGUUCUUCACUCCGAAACGGCCGGCGGAUCCUUCCCAGCUCAUGUCCAAUAUCUUCCAGAAGGGUGAACCCUUGGAUAUGUGGUUGUAUCUUUCGCAAGGAGCGAAGUUCAAUGACUUUGGCAAUGAAGGUGCUCUUGUUUGGCAUGAAACAAACAUCCCUUAUGCUGUGUGGAAGCCCGAGAGUACCAGGACCCUAUCACUGAAGUAUCAUCCAUCAGAGGCAUUGAAGCAUAAUGGGAGUCUAUAUGCCCAUGUCUUCUUUGCUCGAUCUGGUUACCCUAUCGAUCCUAGUGAUCCUGAGUACCAACCGCUUAAUAGUUUUGGCAGUACACAACCUGUUGUGACUUACUUGCCAAAGCCAAAAGCUGAUAAGAAGAAGAGCCUGUUGGGAAAUCCCACAGGCUCUACCGAAUCCAAACCGGAAGUUGAGGAGUUGGAUAAUAAUAAUUCGGAUCUCAAGGACGAGGGCCCUGUGGAAUGGGUAUCAUUCUGGAAACCGAAUAUCACAAUUAGCCUGGUUGAUGAUUUUACUCGCUACACAAUGAAUGGUGUGCCGCCAAAUAUCGCUCCUUACAUGCAUGUUGAAGCCCUCUCCGGAAAUUACUACCCGACAAUCUUCUUCAAUGAAUUUUGGCUGCUGAAGGACAAGCUGAUCCCGAUCAACGAAACUGUCUCGGAACUACCACUUAAUCUGGAAGUGAGCCCCAUAAGCAUGACAAAGUGGCAGCUAUUUCUGCAAAUUGAUCAGUCUUUCCAGAUGCAACGUAGCUAUGGAAGCAUGCUCGAUGGUGAAUCUGAUGAGCUGAAGAGGGUGUUUCUUGAAGGAAAUCCUUACCUACUAGUCAUCACAAUGGUAGUCUCAGUAUUUCACUCGGUCUUUGACUUCCUGGCCUUCAAAAACGAUAUUCAGUUUUGGAACAAAAAUAAAUCUAUGGAAGGACUGUCUGCAAAGUCUGUCGUGCUAAACUUCAUCUGUCAACUCAUUAUCUUCCUCUACCUUCUCGACAACGACACGUCUUGGAUGAUACUUGGUAGUUCCGGGGUCGGUGUCUGUAUCGAGUUUUGGAAAAUAGGGAAAGCAAUGCGCAUAGAGAUUGAUAGAAGUGGAAGGAUUCCGAUGCUGAGGUUCCACGACCGGGAGUCAUAUGCGAAGAACAAGACAAAGGAGUAUGAUGAUAUGGCGAUGAAGUACUUGUCCUAUGUGGUAUUCAUUCUUGUCGGGUGCUUUUCUGUGUAUUCCCUCAUGUACGAACGCCACAAGAGCUGGUAUUCAUGGAUCUUGUCUUCACUGACGAGCUGCGUUUACAUGUUCGGAUUUAUAAUGAUGUGCCCUCAGCUAUUCAUAAACUAUAAGCUGAAGUCAGUGGCACAUCUUCCAUGGAGACAGAUGACAUACAAGUUCCUCAAUACCAUCAUCGACGAUCUCUUCGCCUUUGUCAUCAAAAUGCCGAUGUUGCAUCGCCUGUCUGUCUUCCGAGACGAUAUAAUAUUCUUGAUAUACUUGUACCAAAGAUGGGUUUACCCAGUGGACAAGACUCGCGUGAACGAGUUCGGUUUUGGAGGUGAGGAUGAGACCGCAGAGAAGAUCACUGAUACUGUCGGAGCAGAAGCAGAAGCUGCAAAUGAUAAGAAAACCAACUAAGAUUUUUGUUUUUUUUUUGUUUUUGGUUCAUUUGCUUCUAAAACCAUAUGGUUUUUUUUUUCAGUAGAGGGAAAAUCCUUCAAAUCAAACCCAUUGUUUUUUUCACCGCUAAGAUUCAAUAUUUACUCGUGAUUGUGAAUAUUCACGUGUUAAAAACAUUAUUUCUAUGAUAAAUUAAUUUCGUGA